UGCAUGCCACCUCUGUGGGUCCCAAGACCCGUCAUUGAGACCGCCUUAGGUAAGGUAACAGGCCGUUCCCACGAGGCGGGGGCACCUCGCAGGCGCAAGAGUUCGGAUCUAGAAUAGCACAUGCAAUAAACAAUAAAAGUCAGCAGAAGAUAGAUUGUCCCAGACUAACAGAGAUGUUAACAGAGAUGUUCUCCUGAGGUAGCUCUCCAAUAAGGAUCCAGAUAUAAGAUGACGUAAGAUGUAAAAAUGGACAGUCAAUCUCCAUGGUACAAAUGGGAUAUAAGAUGUAACAUAUGGCAUAUAAGAUGUAAAAUAUAUUCUAACCAUCCGACCCAUGAUACGGUCCUGGUAAAUCCAUAAUCCAGAACUAAUAAUCCAGGACUUGGAUAACACAAUCUGUCCAGAAAAAACAUCCGGGUCCCAAAAAGAGGGGGGGAGGAAAAGGCGCUCCAUAGCUGCCUUCCAAGUCCAUUGCUGUCUCCAGAUGGAACUCCCCGACAGCUCCCAGCAGCUCCCAGAACUCCAGUCUGACUCCAAUAUGGCCCAACAACAGCUCCCGAAGAGAUCACAAGGUGCCCAAAAGAUGUUAUACGUCCCAAAGCCCCCAGCAAACGGGGGAAGGGGGGGCGCGGCCGACAUUGCCGCUAUUAGGGAGCCAGGCCAAACCAGGCCAAAAGGCGGCCGAAACGUCCUCCUCCUCUCCGAUAUCGAAUGGAGCGCCGUUGCCCUUGCGACAAGGGAGAUCUUGUGGCAGGAAAGCCAGGCCCAAAAAUAGGCCAAACCGCCCUCCUUACCUCCGGUAUUGCCCCCUCCCUCCGAUAUCGAGGGGACCGCCGUUGUUAAUAAUAGGAGAGUCCUUAAGAAUCCUUGAGGUAGAAAGCAGGGGGAGCAAGCCAGGGAAAGCUGAGGGGGAAGCCGGCUCGCCAACCGAAACGCCGACCAGAACACCUCCUCCUCCCGGGCAUCUAAAAUGGCUGCCGUCAUACGCCGAUCGCCCUCCCGGCCCGUUCUCAGCAGCCGCGGGUCCUAAAAGGUCCACAGACCUCUCCCACGGCUGCGAGGAAGAUCGUCCACUGGGCCGGGGGGCGAAAACAGCUAAACGAGCGGCCACGACGAUGCCAUCAGCCGGGCAAUCUCAAAUCCGCCGACCCGAGUUUUUACCACAGCGCCAUCUUGCGCAUGCGCAGAGCCCUUGUAUUAUUGCAGUUGAAACUGAAGUAGUCAUUAACAGGAAGGACAUUACAAUGGAUGAUUCUAUGAGCUAAACCCAGGUCCUGUCAAUUCUGCCUCACACUGCCAAUUUAUAGAGCAAUUCUCUCUCACCGGGAGAGAGGGGGUCAAAAGCAGAAGAAACUAUGAGCCUGCAGGAUAUGCAAAAGGGAGGGAGGGAAGGAGGAAGGCAGGCAGGUAAUGCCAAUUUCCUCCCCCCUCCCUUUAAAAAAUGUGUUUAUUUUGCAAAUCCUCUCCCCCUGCAACUACUGGAAGGGAUUUGAUUGGACAGAGCUACAGGCUAGCGACAAUGAGCAGCUUGGUUGAGCGACGUAAAAAUAAUAAUUAAAAAGUACAUUUUGUACAUCCAAAGGUUGUCCAGCACAGCAGCAGUGGCAAUUAGGUUUAGUAAUUAAGGCAUUGGCCCAGAAAGUAGCUGGAUGAUUUUGGGUCAGUCCCUGUCUCUCAACCCAGCCCACCUCACAGGGUUGUUGUGGGGAAAACAGGAGAAGGAAGGAAAAUUAGACAUAUUUGCUGCCUUGAGUUACUUAUAAUAAAGGCAAGGUAAAAAUCAUAUAAACAAACAAACAAAUAAGUGGUGAUAGAUAGAUAGAUAGAUAGAUAGAUAGAUAGAUAGAUAGAUAGAUAGAUAGAUAGAUAGAUAGAUAGAUAGAUAGAUGAUAAAUAGAGCGAGCUCAGCAAAGGCCAGUUUUUCUUCUUCUCUGUGCCUGAGACUGGGAUUCAGGGAGAAGAGAUUGGGAUUUCUCUUGCAGAAUUGAAUUUCACAAUUCUUUGAGGAUGAAAUCUGUCCUGUGACCUUUGGGGUGCCUUUGCAUAGGACAAGGGAUUUAAUUAAAAAAUGCAUUUCUAUUCUUGGGAAAAAAUAAGACCUUUUGUCCUUAUUAAUUUUCCUUCUUACAUUACCAGUUGGAUAUGUAUAAACUUAUUGAUGUCUUUUUUCAAGAACCGUGCAUGAAUAGAAUUAAUGUAUUUGGAUAGGUCCUUGAUCUGAUCCAGCCUGCCUCUUUCUGUUUUGGCCAUUCAGGUAGCCUCAGCUUAUGACUAUUCCUAUAACAGCAAUUCAAAGUUACGAUGAUGCCAGAAAAAGUGACUUGUGACAGGUCCAUACAUCAAUAACAUGAUUGCAAUUUGUGGGCUUGGCAACUGGCAUGUAUACAAUGGCUGUAGUGUCCCAGGGUCAUGCGAUCAAUAUCUGCAACCUUCUCAGGGGACGUCUGACAAUUUUCUAACAAAAAUCAAUCGGGAAGCUGAAUUUACUUAACAAUUUUGUGAUUUGCUUAAUAAUCAUAGCAAAACUGGUCAUAAAAUUGGGCACAAUUGACUUAUUUGCAUUGCUUAAUGGCAGAAGUCUCAAUUGUGGUUGUAAAUUGAGGACUACCCAAAGUAGGUUGGAUGUCCAAACUAAUGUCAAACACCCUCUCUGCACUAGAGAGUACUUGUUUUUUAAAUUAGAUUUAUUGAAAUCUUUAUCCAUGCAUCUUCAAGGCAGUUUUCAAAAGAAAUAUAUAGAAGCAUACCGUCAAGUUAAAACAUGAUGUAAAACUACAAAGCACCAUCUAGUACUAAAAUAAUGCAUGAAAAUAGCAUGCAAGUUAACAGCUUAAAUGCAACUAUUAAUCCAUCUGAGCAGGAAAUGCGAAGUUCUAUGGAAGAAAUUUAAACUUGGAGACCAGCCCAGCAAAGUUUCUGCUGAAAUUAUAAAAUUAGCUCUCUCAAUUCGCAACAUUGCCCGCAGACCUAGCCAUGGGACUGGCAUUAGGCAAGAAGAUACAAAUGCUAGCUCAUUUCUUCUGGUGAAACUGGAGUUGGAGGCAGCCAAAUGUCUGUCCGUCUACCCAGGAACUUUCAAGGUCAGGGGGACACAUGGCGAAUGAACCUGAGUAUGGUCUCAAUUGACAGGGAUGGUUUCUUUAAAAAAGACAGUAGGGUAAAGAGCCAUUUCUCUGUGCCAAAGGAAAAAUAUAUCUUCCUAUUUGCAUAUUAAUUUUUUUAUAUUUUUUUUAAAUUUUAUAAAUAAACAUUUAAUAUAUCAGUCAAUCCUUCUGUGUGACAUCUCGGUGUUUUCUUCAUGGCUCCAUUGUUUUGUUGUUUCUUCUUUUUCAUUUCAAUUUAAUCUAUUACAGUUUUUUCACAAAUACAAUAUUCUAAUUAUACCAUUAUCUUACAUAACUAUCAAUUGCUUAUCUUCAUCUUUUUUCUAACCAAUGGUAAAAUUGAUCCGAUAUCUUAAAAUAUUCUGAAUCCUCUCUUUCUUUAAUCAUCAAAGUUAAUCUAUUUAUUUCUGUACAGUCUAAUUUUUUUAUAAUAACGUCUCCUUCUAGGGGUAUUUUCUCUGUUUUCCAAAUUUGUGCAAAAACAAUUCUUGCUGCUGUUAUUACAUGUAUAAUCAAAUAGAUAUUUUCUUUACUGGUUUUCUCUGGGAGGAUACCCAAUAAGAACAGCUCCAGUUUUAAAUCAAUGUGUUGUUGAGUCAUUUCUUCUAACCAUACCUUUAUUUUAUUCCAAUAAUUUUUAGCUUCUGAGCAUGUCCACCACAUAUGAUAAUAAGAUCCUGGUAACUGGUGACAUUUCCAACAUUUAGCUGAUUUGUCUUUAAACAUUUUUCCCAGUUUUUCAGGAGGCAUAUGCCAUCUAUAAAACAUUUUAUACUGAUUUUCUUUAUAUGCAGUGGACAUUGUUAAUUUGUAGUUCCUCUCCCAUAACUGUUGCCAUUUAUCUAGAUCUACUGAAUAGCCGAAAUUUUUGGCCCAUGCUAUCAUUGUUUCCUUUACUUGUUCAUCAAUUGUUUUUUUAAAAAAAGUCCUCUGUGAAUUGGCUUUUAUUGACAAAAACAUUGCAAAGCACCUUAGCUUGAGUCAACCUGCUGAAGUAUUAUGAUAUUAAUGAUGAAACUCUUUUUUAAAGAUAUUUCUGGACAAAUGGCCAAGUUGCUACCAGUUCUGCUGUUUGCAACCCAGCUUUCCUUGACAGCAGCUUUAUUCAGGGUGAGUGUUAUUCAGCCUCAUUACUCUGCAGAAUAUGGGAGCAGCGUGACUAUGGGAUGUCGCUUUCCAACUGAUAAUUCCUUGAAUCUGACACAACUGAAUAUCUUCUGGCAGCAAAAACUGUCAGACGAAGCCAAGGAAGUUUAUAAGCUCCAAAAUGGGCGUGAAGACCUGUCAGGGCAACACCAACAUUUUCAAGGAAGAGCUACAUUAUUAUAUGAGGAAUUGAAAAGGGGCUAUUCUAUGCUACGUAUCACCCAUCUAAGGAUCACAGAUGCUGGAUAUUACCUUUGCGUUGUCAACUAUCGUGAAGCUGAUCACAAGUACAUUGACUUGAAAAUUGAAGCACCUUACAAGAGGAUAAACAUGCAAGAAAGAAAAGAAGAAGACGGCCACAUCUUAACUUGCCAGGCAGAAGGGUACCCCCUGGCUAAUGUUCUUUGGCUUUAUGAAAACAGAAUCAACGACACGAUAUUUGCAAACACUACACAUAAGCUGACAGACACAGGACUUUUCAACAUAACCAGUGUCUUGAGAAUCAAACCAAGUGCUCCUGGAAAUUACAGCUGCAUAUUCCAAAAUAAGGAAUUGAGACAAACCUCAGCUCACAGAACAGUAUUUCUAAUAGGUCAAAGAAAUGCAUCAGGCACUGGGAAAAAUUCCAUGAUCUUGUUUAUCUCAACAAUUUUGUAUAGUGCUGUGAUUUUAUUUAGUAUCACUAAAUUCUAAGGGGGGGAAAAUUAAUAAAUUUGCACACCUAGAAAGAAGAUCUGGAGCAUCAAAUCAAGGAUAAAGUUUGAUGACUGAUGCAGAUGGAGAAGCCUGAGCAAAUAGAAGCUGCUCUUGUUUGUUGUUUGAUCCUCCAUUGAUCCGAUUCCUCCUCUUAGAAACUUCUUUAAGGAAGUUGGACUGUAGAGGUAAUUAAUGCUGAUCUUUCUGGUUUUCUUAUGUCCAUUGUUCAUUCCAAAUACUUGUGAAAAAUGUGCAGGUUAGAGAUUUGGGAUUUGCUUAUUUUCAAGACUCCCUGCAUCUUCCAGAUAUAGCUUCAUACAGAACAGAUAAUAUAUACAGUAAGAAAACAUUCGUCUUGUUGUUGCAACACAACAGGCUGGUGUGUGUGAUGUCAUGAUUGAAAUAAGAAGGUAGGGCUUAUCCUCUAAUAUUGCAAUGAAGAUUUCGUUAUGUUGGCACCUUUAUGGCUAGGUGCAGACGCCUCUGGUCUGACUUCACAUUUUUGCUAUAGAAAUGUUAUUUCUGAAAGCUAGCUCCAUCAUUAGCUAUUGCACAGCAGCAUCUCAGUCAACAGAUGAUGAAGUCCUAGGAAACAGUUGUGUGCAAUAGGGCUUCUUCAUAAGACAGCCUGAUAUUCGCAAGCAUUAUGGAGAAUGUUGUCCUGUUACUGUUAAAUUAAAAUUUAGCUAUUAUUGUACAGUAGUUGGCCUCUGGAUGGAUAUGAAGAGUAAUGAUUCUGUUUUGUCCUGUCUGGUGCUCUUAUGAAACAUUGUAACUAACAUUUUUAAUAUAUUUACAAACUAUUGUAAUGUAGCAUGUGCAAAGUAUGAGUUACAAAUCGGAUAACUGCUGUUUCAAACUGUUCUGCAACUACAGGCUUAGACAAGCUUGUUGUAUGCUAAUGACAUUCUGGAUCUUUUCAAUUAUGAUCAAAAAUCUUUAUUGUGGAGAUGUUAUAAUGCUAUAAAUGCUACAGAUAUACAAUCAAUUAGAAUAAUCUCAUAAGUGCCAAAUGGUAAUAACACUUGGUUUUACUUUUUGUUUAGAGUCUAUUAAAGAAUUAUUAUUGAUAAUUAUUUCUAGGAAAAGUAUCCUAUUCAGUAGGUUUGAAUAUUUAAUAAUGCAUAGUUCAGAUUAACGGGGGUUAAUAUUAGGUAGUUGAAAAGCGCUAUGAAUCUGUGAGGAAGAUUAAAAGUAGCAAAAAAGAAAAUUGCCUCAAUACAUUAACCAGGAUGGGUUUUUUUGAUUUCAGUUUAGACAAAUUGAUUAUUGAUUUAGUUCUCGUUGAAUGGUAAAUAGGAUUUCCAUUUCAAACAUGUGAAAAUAGAAGCUAACUUUCCUGACUGCAAAUUAUAUAAUUCAGCGUAUUUAUUAGCUUCUAUAAUGCAUUCAGAUGAAAAUAAUACUGAAUAGAUCUGGCUCAUGGGCCAUUUGGAAAGUCAAGCUUUGGAAUUGUUGAAAUCCUGUAUAUAUGUGGUUCCAACUAUGCAGGUAGUCCUCAACAUGUGAAUGUAAUGGUACCUGCCCAUUAUAGUUAUAUAUUGUGACUGUCAUAAAACAAGUUGUCAUGCGACAGGUCCAAUUUUACAACUUUUUUUCAUGGUCAUUAAAUGUGACAGUAAGUAAUAAGCACAAACCAUUUUUUAUCCCUUUGGGCACAGUCUUGUUGAAAACCAGAAGUGCCAGUUUUUCAGCAAAAAUGUCAUAAAAUGUCACAUGACUGUGGAUAUCAACCAUCCCAUUUGGCACAUUCAACAAAAGAAAUCCCCAGAGCUUUAACUGGGUUUAACAGAGUUGUUAAUGCUUGGAAUACACUACCUGACUCUGUGGUCUCUUCCCAAAAUCCCCAAAGCUUCAACCAAAAACUAUUUACCAUUGACCUCACCCCAUUUCUAAGAGGUCUGUAAGGGGCGUGCAUAAGAGCACAAACGUGCCUACCGUUCCUAUCCUAUUGUUUCCUUUCAUUAUAUCCAAUUAAUAUAGUUAUUACAUACUCAUAUAUAUGUUUAUAUUGUAUAAUUAUUUCAUGCUUAUGCUUAUAUAUACUGUGUGACUAAAUAAAUAAAUAAAUAAUGUAGCUUUAAUAAAAAAUCCAUCUAGGCAUGACAGAAGCAAAGUCAGUUCUGGGAUUUUCCUGCAAAACUCCACAUAGGUAACUCCCCUUUUCCCCUCCGGGCCACCCAUAGUUCAUAAUUCACCAACUGAAUUCAGUUCUUUUACAUUGGGAAAAGCUGUCUGCUUCGGUCAAAGCAUUCAUCAUCACUUGGCCUUGUUAGAUAAUGUCCCUCCAGCAACAGACGGUUCACUUGUAUUCCAUAGCCUCCCUCCACCCUUGGGAAUUCACCACCCUGCUCCCAUCAUUGCAAGCAAAAGCAGGUACAGGUGACUAUGAAAUCGAGUCAGGUUUGACAGGGGGAUGCUGUAAACAGCUAUAAAUUCAGCUGUGUUACCGAACACCCAGAGUAAUGUGACUGCAAUUUUUGGCUUUUUUGCCAGUUUCUGGCAAGAAUGCCCUUUAGUGAAAACGGGUUUGUUUAGUGAUUGUUGAAAAAAAAAAAGUUGUAAAAUCAGAUGCUGUCAUGUGGUAACAUACUUAACAAUCACCAUGAUUUAUGACUGUAAUUCCAAGCUUAAUUAGGGUUGUAAGUCAAGGACUACUUGCAAUUAAAGUCCUUGUUAUAUUCUCAUUUUGUUCCAAAUGCUUUGCCUGCCUCCAAAGGCCCUGAUUUUUUAAUAUGAUAGGUUUUGGUCAAGAGUAAAGUCAUAAUUCAGUACCACCAAUAGUCUAAAAUGUUUACAAAAAUAAUUUGGAUAAUAUGCAAGAAAACUAGAUUAGAGAAUUCAAGUUUUCUUACUACAAAAUCAGUGGUUUCAGGUCUUAAUUUAUGUAAAAUAUGUGUUUUAUGAUUAAAAUCCCCCCAUUUUUAAGGUUUAUUGGACUUCCUAGUGAAUGCUCAAAUAAUUCUAGUUACUGUCCUUAUGUUGGUGAUAGAAUGUGCAUGCUUUGAAUGCUAUUCAUACUAUUUGUUAGAAUUAUUUUAUUGGUUCUAUGUUUUUAAUGCAAUGAACCAAAGUUUGGGGAGGAAGUUAAAGACAUUGAUGUGCAAUUAAUUUAUAUUUAAAGAGUCUGGAAUUUUAUUUUAUUAUUUAUAAAAUUUAUUGGCCGCCUGUCUUACCCUAGGGUAACUCUGGGUAGCUUUCAGUUACAUAAAAUCUAAAACAUAAAAAAUUAAAAACAAACAUUAAAACCAAAAACACACAUGGAGGGCGGGGGUAGAGUGGGGAGGAGGAAGGUGGGAUCUGUUAUUACUCAAUCAAUCACCCCCACUGGAGCCCCAAGCCAACUGGCACAGCCACAUCUUUAGGCCCUUAUGAAAAGAUAGGAGGGUUGGGGCACACCUCACAUUGGGUGGCUGGGGGCCAAGAUGUUCCAAAGGGCAGGAGCAACAGCAGAGAAAGCUUUCCUCCUGGAGCCUGUCAGCUGGAAUACUCACACUGACGGGACCCGCAGCAGAUCUCCUCUGCCAGCACGAGUGGGACUGGCCAAUCCCAGUGGUGUGAGACUGUCCCUCAAUUUAUCCAUUUAUUAAGAGAUUUGGCUGUAUCAUCAUUAAAUACUUGCCAAAAAGAUUAGGUGCUCAUGGAAAGACACCAAAAUACUAGAUACAAAAAAGUGGAUUAAAAAAAAAAAAGUUAGCUCUCAGCCUUUGAAAUGGUUUGUUUAUCACCAAAAAAGAAAACAGUGGAUCACGUGGUUCUGUGUGGUCAAAGGUUGUUCAAAACUUGAGUUACAGUAUUUUUUAUACAGAUGUAAUUAUUAUACUUACAGCACUCUGGAAUAACUCAAAUUUUGUUUUUUUAUUAUAUUUGUUUUUUAUAUUUUUUGUUGGAAUUUUUUUAGGCAAAAAGUUACAGCUAUAAGAAAAGCAAUGAAACAUAUUAAAAAAAAACUUCCUGCUGUCUCUCAGCCUCAAUCUUUCUCUCUGUAUUUUGUACGCUUCAGUGAAAGUAAAACCAACUGUAAAACCCUGGGACUUUCUAAAUAUGUCACGCAUCCCUUGCAUGACUUGGACCUUGUGUUUGCUGAUCAGAUGAGCAGUCUGUUGAGUUUGCAGACCUAUGUAUUUGUUUCAUAAAAUUUAACUCUGUUAGGGAGGUAGCCAUGAACUUCUUCACAUUAUAAAAGAAAUCACAAGGCAGCUGGAACCUUGCUACUUAACUCCUUUAUUCUUGGCAGCUGCAGAUGUGACAAGUAUAUGUAUAGGUAUAUUCCUGUGUAGAGUGUAUCCACAAAGUGGGUUUGAGUAGGGGAAAUGCUACCCCUCUCGUGUGGAAUUUCAUAGGUAUACAGAUGUAUUCUAGUUUUCUAAUCUAGUAAUGUGCCAACUACCCCUCUCAGCAGUUUACAAGACAGUUUUAAGAUUGAGGCAUUAAACACUGUUUUAACUGAGCUUUUGAGUCAAAAGACAAGCAUCAUUAAUAAUGAAUAAAUGUGGCUCCUCGAAAAAAUUAAUUGUCCACCCCUGCUACAGAACUACAGUCAAAAAAUUCAAUACACCAACCACAGGGGCAUUUUAUAUGCAUUGUAUAUUAAAAAAGAUCUUUUUGACUUUUUAAAAUCAUACCCCAGCAGACACAUGUGGUGGCAACUGUAGGUGAAUCUCUUCAGAUGAUUCCAAGCAGAAUGGAAGCUCAGAUUAAAAAAAAGUUUUCUCUCAGGCAGCCUGGAUCUAAGGCCAUUUAAGGCUUUAUAAUAAGCAAAAUGUGUGGGUGGCCUAAAAAGGAACAGGCAGGCAGCCUGCCUUUUCAACAAAAGAUGUAAUGAGGCAUUUUUUAUUCUGCUCAAGACUAACCCAGCUACCAAGGUUUAUACUAACUGAAGCAUGGGGUCCUUGGUGGUCUCUGAGCUUGGUUGAUUUCUUGUAGACAUUUCAUUUCUAAACUAGGUAACAUUAUCAGGGUUAGAAUGGAGUAGGGUUUGCUCUUUAUUUAUCUAGCCCAUUCCGUUCUAGCACUGACAAUGUUACCUAGUUUGGAUAAUGAAACUUCUGCAAGAAAACCAUCAAGCUCACAGCACCAAGGACCCCUCAUUUCAACAAUGAGCUACAGUACAAAUAUUCUCUUCUACUGUAUCAGUACUAGUUGAAGUUUGUAGACGUGAAAGCAACCUCCUGUGCAAGCAUUGCUGGAGGGGAGCCAGGAGUUUUCAGCAGGUGCAUUAGUUUUAUUUUCAUUGUCUUCCAGAUGUGGAUACACUGGACAAGUCAACCAAAGCUGGUAAAAGGUCAUCCUACCUUUGUCUUAGAUCUGGUUAACAGAAAGAGAGAUUUGAAUCCCAAAGCACUCCCAGAACUCAGCACUUGCCUUUUCUGUAAAGGGUACUCCCACUCAGGCUGAUAGUGUUACUUUGCUGGAAUUAAAGCCCCCCACAAGAAAUAUAAUGACCAUUUUACCAGCACUUAUUUUCAAGGUAUUAUUUCCCAUGGAUCCAUUUACCGAUUUAAAUUGGUCCCUAAAUAAUUUGUCACUCCAUCAAUGGUUUUAUAAUUAACAACAGAUGUGCCAGUAGGGCAGAAGGUGGGUCGGAAAGAAAGCAGCAUUGCUCUGCAAUUUUUGUAUGCCUGACAUUACACAAACACAGGGAAGCGAUAGAGCUCGUGGUGCCUGCAAAUAACUCUGAUUAAGAGGGAUUAUGCUAUUAAAAGAAAAUAUACUACUUAUAUUACUGGCUUUUCCACUCUUUGAUCUUUGACCUUUGAAAGGAAAUAAUGAGUAAACAUAUAGUUGAGACAGCUGUAAUAUUUUCGCUUUGAACUAAAGUUUAGUUUCCAAUAUAAGAUGUGGUACAGCUCCCCCUUGUGUUUUCUAUUGUAUUCAGAUUACAAGUCAUUUUUGUUUAGAAAUGAUGAACACUGAAUUUUAGUAUGGAAAUAAAGAGCAUUAUUUAUUCAAUCAAAUUUUGUCUUAUUGCUCACCACCUGUUUUUAUUAAGACAUCCAAUGUUCAUUCAGUAAAGAAUGUUCAAAGCUAACUGCAUUAUCGUUACAAUACUGUGAAUAUUCCCAUUUUAUGUCUUGAAGCAUGACAUUCAACAGGAAUAUCCAAGAUGGCUUUGAUCAAAUACAGCUUAAAAUCAGGAACUAUUUUGUAAUUUUUGAGAAGUGAAGAUAACAGUUUUGAGUCCUCUGCUGUAAAAUUAAAAAAAAAUGGUAUCUUUAAGUCUUUAAAGAUGAUGAAUUUUUAUUGUUUGUAUUUAUUUUAUUGUAUUGUGUUGUUUUGAGGGUUAUGGAAAGUAAAGCCAUGUACAGCAUGUAGCAACAGUAAAAGGGCAUCUAGAGGAAGAAAGUCACACAUUGAGCUUGAGAUUAACAAGUAAAUACUGUAAUAAAUAAAACUACUACUUCUAGUAAUUUUCUUGAUUACAUUUAUGAGUAGCAGGUGUUCCCAUUUCUAAAGAUACUAAAAACAUGGAAUAUUAUGCCUUGGGGGAAAAAAGACAAGCAUUGUCUAUUUUUGCACAAGAAAAAUAGAAACGGCUAUCAACAAAAUAUAUAAUGUUCUUAUUGUUACAAAUAUUGCUACCCUCUAGAAAAUAUUAUUUAAAAGUAUUUUUACUGAUCCAUACAGAAAUGUAAUAUCCAGAAUGUAAAGGGGAGAAAACAAAUUAUUUUCAACACAGCUAUUAAAAUAAGUAUGUGCUGCUUUGACUUUGCAGUAAAAAUGCAUGCCCAUGGGAGAAAAUAAGCAAGUGUCAACUCAGAGUACAUUCCAAAAAGAAACUGGCUGCAUACUAUAACUACAGUGAAUUAUCUCCAGCUGUCAUGAGCUGUCAUUUCUAAUUGCAAAUUUUAAUAUGCAUACUGUGCUUACAAACUUCUUUGAGAUCACAUUUGGUGCUUAUAUAUUGCAGAAUAUAAUCUGUGUUAUGAAUGAAGGCAAAAAUUCUGUGUUCGCCCUAGAAGUUCUACAUCUUAUUAAUAAAAAACAACUGGAAAAUCUCAGAAGAAAUGGGAUCCUGAUCAUUAGAAAUGAUCAAUUAUCUUUUAUUUCAUCAUCCAUAGCACUCUGCUCUACUUCUGUUCUAGUAGUUAAAGCACUGGGCCAGCAACUAGGACUGUUUUAAUCUCGCCUUAAGCAUGAAAGCCAACUGGCUGUCUUUGGGCCAGUCAUUCUCUCAGCCCUAGGAAGAAGGCAAACCAAUUAUUAUUUUUGACAAGAAAGUGGCAUGGAUUAAUCCAGUUAGUCACCAAGAAUCAAAACGUACUUGAUGGAAGAAAAAAAAGUAAACAAAAUACCUGUAAAACCUACUCAAUUGUUUAACAAAGAUGGUCAGGAAAAAUGUAGAUCAGCAUAUCUGGAAGGCAACUCAAUAGGAAAAGCUGCACUAAUGCAAUCUAUUGUGUUUUGAGCUGCUUUUAAAGAAAGUUUCAAACUCAAAAAACUCUACGGGCAGCAAUAAAAUGUGCAUAAGAGACUCAUGCUUCCUGCAUGAUGGCUGGAGCAGAAAAUCAUAAAGCUCCCUUGAAAAAAAAUGAAUUGUUAAAAGUUGUUUAUUAAUACUGUGCAACAUCUGUUUAUUAUCUUUAAGCAAAGGCUUUUGAUAGUAUUAAGUUUGAAUUGAAUUUCCUGCUUGGAAAAAAAACCCUAAAACACAGAUGGUUGUUACUUCCCACAGACAAUAUGUUCACUCAAGCUAUUUCAAGCAUAGUUUAAUGCUUACUGUACCAACAAGUGCAAUCAUAAUAAUCUUUUGAAUUUUAUAUUUAAUCGUGAAAUCAGAAUAAUUAUGGGAUUGAAACCUAUUUUUCUAUUUAGAAUAGUAAAUUC